AUGCCCGUCCUUCUCACGAAGAUCGAGGGCAAGGGCAACGGGAUCAAGACCGUGCUCCCGAACAUGUCCGACGUGGCACGCUCGCUCAGCCGCCCGCCGACGUACCCGACCAAGUUCUUCGGCUGCGAGCUCGGCGCGCAGACGUCGUUCGACGAGAAGAACGACCGGUACAUCGUCAACGGCGCGCACGACGCGCCGAAGCUGCGCGAGCUCCUCGACGUCUUCAUCGACAAGUUCGUCCUCUGCAAGGCGUGCGACAACCCGGAGACGGACCUGACGAUCACCAAGACGGAGGAGAUCCUCCGGGACUGCAAGGCGUGCGGCGAGCGCACCGGGGUCGACAUGCGCCACAAGCUCACGACGUUCAUCAUCAAGAACCCGCCGAAGAACCCGAAGAAGAGCAAGGUGAAGAAGGCGACCGCCGACGGCGCGACGACCCCCAACGGCGACGCCGAUGAGGACGCCGGGGGAGACAGCGACGACGAGCUCACCCUGCGCAUCAAGGCUGAGGCCGCGGAGCUCACCGCGGACGCAGCGAUCGCGAAGGAGGACUGGUCGGCGGACACGUCGCCCGAGGCGGUCAAGGCGCGCAUGAAGGCGGUGGAGGCGUCGAUGGCGAGCGUCUCGCUUGCCCCUGCUGGGGGCGAUGACGACAGCGACGAGGACGGCGACAGCCCGUUCGCACACCUCGGCCACUGGAUCGAGGAGAACCGCGAAGAGUCGGCGGUGGAGAUCUACAAGAAGGCGGAGGAAUUUGGGAUCGCGAAGAAGCACAACACGAUGACCAUCAUCGCUCAGACGCUCUUCACGGAGAACGUUUUGACGGAGAUCCCGAAGUACGCGCCUCUCUUCGCGAAGAUGGUGACUUCGGAGAAGCACCAGAAGUCGCUCUUGGGUGGUCUCGAGCGACUCGUCGGUGUCCUGCAUCCCGACUUGACCCCUGCUAUCCCUAAGAUCCUGAUGGCAUUCUACCAAACCGACAUCUUGGAGGAGGAGGUGAUCACCCAGUGGGGCACUCAUGUCAGCAAGAAGUAUGUCGACCGCGAGAUAAGCAAGAAGGUUCGCAAGGCUAGCGAGCCGUUUUUGAAGUGGCUGGAGGAGGCUGAUGACAGUGAAGAGGAGGAUUAG